UUUCGCUCAUCAAUCAGUCGUGCUGUGAGCUUUGCGAGAAGUGUAUGAAUUUGCGGGUUUCUUUUUGCGUUGAGCAAAAUACGCGUUCAAAAGCCCUAAUUAGAUUUGAUCUAAAUAUUUCCUGUUUAUCCGCAGAGAAGGAAAGAAGUGAUUCUUGCCAUAACGUAGGUGGAUUUGUUAAUUAUGUUAGCGCUACUAAAACGUUUACAGUAGCAUCGAAUGCAAAUUAUGGCGGCGAAGUAAAACCAUUUGCAUGUGUGUCUUAGAUUAUAUCCGGUUCAACGGUGUGAUAAAAACCUAGGAUAGGAUACGUCGUCGGGAAGAGGCAUCGUCCCUACAUCGAAAGCGUAGCAGAGGAGGCGGUGCUUUCUGGAAGAGUUCUUCGCAACUUUGACAGUAGUAAAUAGCGGAGCGACACAGAAGAGGCCGGAAAAAACACGAAGCAGCGAUGAUGGCUGAGUCAGACAAUACUGCGGAAGCAACAAGACGGCUCAACGUAAAGAAACAAACCCUGGACGAUGCAUAUGCGAUUCCGGCCAACUUUCUCGAGAUCGAUGUGGUGAAUCCGAUGACAACGCUGACGGCCGGAAAGAAACGCUACACUGAUUACGAAGUUCGGAUGAGGACUAAUUUACCAGUAUUUAAGGUGAAAGAAUCCAGUGUGCGAAGACGCUACAGUGAUUUUGAAUGGUUGCGAAACGAGCUUGAGCGGGACAGCAAGAUUGUUGUACCUCCUUUGCCGGGCAAAGCAUGGAAACGACAGAUGCCGUUUCGCGGUGACGACGGAAUUUUUGACGAGAACUUCAUCGAGGAGCGACGAAAAGGUUUGGAGCAGUUCGUGAACAAGAUUGCCGGCCACCCGCUAGCCCAGAAUGAGCGCUGUUUGCAUAUGUUCCUGCAGGAACCAACCAUCGACAAGAACUAUGUCCCGGGCAAGAUAAGGAACACGUAAAUUCACUGCGCUGCGGGGGUUUUUUGCGAGACGCGCGAAAUGCGGAAGAUGAUGAUGGUUUGAUGUACGAAUGAGGUAUAUUUUUGGAACGAGUGUCUAGGACAAACGAAAAGUAUAACUAUCAAUACCAGGAACAUUGAUAAUUUUAUUAUUUUAGAAGCAAUACUUCGCGUUUCUUUCGGGCCGUUUCGAUUGUGGACGAAAGAAUCUCAAAACCAAAAUUUUGCUAGGAACGUUUCUUUGUUGUGAAAUUAAUCCCGUGCACAGGAUAAAUAUUAUUCAUUGAAUUGAAGUAUAAGCCUUAUAUAAGUGGUUCAAAAUAACAUAACCGUCUUGAAGAAAAAAAUUCAAUUACAAUUUGUCCAAUAUUAGCAUGAUUUCGUUUAACAGUGUAUGAAUUCGUAACGCAUAUCGGCUGCCCCUAGCGGAAAGCUAUUCUUUGACGUUGAAACAUCUAUUUUUAAAUCCUUCGUGCGAACUUAAUAGGAGAGCUCUGCUUUAUCGACUUAAUUUCAGGGGAGGAAUGGUAUCAUGAUGCCCUGUAUUCUGUUGUCGCUAGUUUUAAUUUUCUUUUCUAUAUCUUUGUUUUCGUCGUUAAUACGAUUUUAGGAGUUGUCUGGUGCAAAACAUCAGUGACAUCAGACCUAUGUGAUUCACGUAACUACGGUUUAUUCGAACUUUUUUUCUGUACAAAGAAAGGGAUUGGGAAUACUUUUUUUUCCUGAAACAAUACGAUGAAAAUUCUAAGCCCAACAUUGAUACAUUUUGUUUAGUUGUCAUUUGGCAAUCACUACAUUAUAGAAGGAUUAACAUAGGAAGGCGAAUCGAUCCUUAAGAAAUGGUAAUUAAGUUUAAACAGAAUUGAAUGAAAGAAGAUAAAACGAAACAUUAUUAUUGAACUGAAAA